AAACUGAAGUGCAAUUAUAUCAGGCUAUUGAACGUUUCAUUCUUUUUUAAACAAAAUUUUAACAAAGUUAUAAAUUAUUUUCAAAACAAUAAAAAUUUUAUAAAUUUAAAAAAAUAUAUAGAUAAUUAAUUUUUUUAAAAAAAAUUAAAAGUGAAAUGUUUGCCUCCAAAAAAAUGGAAAAAUUAAUUUUUACCGAUACUGCAAUUAUUUUAUUAUUUCACCUAAUUAGUCUUUAUGCAACGUUUACUUUUCCAUAUUACAAUAAAAAAGCAACUUUUGCAUGGUUGAUAAUUGGUUACUUAUUAACGGCACUUGGAAUAACAGGAGGUGCACAUCGUUUAUGGUCACAUUCGUCUUAUAAAGCAAAAUGGCCUGUUCGAUUGUUACUUGCAAUUUUUUUCUACUCCAGUGCUCAGUUUCCAUUAUACAAUUGGGUGAGACAUCAUCGUGUUCAUCAUAAAUAUGCAGACACUAAUGCCGAUCCAACAAAUGUAAAACGUGGAUUUUUUUUCGCACACAUUGGUUGGAUGAUGUUGGAAACACAUCCCGAAUGUGUUAAACGAAUGAAAGAAAUUAAUAUGAAUGAUAUUGAGGCAGAUCCAAUUGCAAGAUUUGGUGACAGAUAUUAUCCAUUGACGUUAUUAAUUUGCGCUGUCAUUCUUCCAUCAAUAGUGCCAGUCAUGUUUUGGAAUGAAACCUGGUAUUGGUCAAUAAUGAGUCAAGUUUUUAUUCGUAUUUUAAUAAAUGGUCAUGUAACUGCUAGUGGAAGUAGCCUCUUACACAUGUGGGGCUCAAAACCUUACAACAGAAACAUAUUUCCGGCAAAUAAUAAAAUAAUGAAUUUAUUUACACUUGGAGAUGGAUUGCACAAUUAUCAUCAUACAUUUCCAUGGGAUUAUAAAUCAGCUGAAUUUGGAUUUUAUCAAAUAAAUUUUAUCACUUUUUUUAUUGAAUCAUUUGCAAAAAUUGGAUGGACUUAUGAUCUUAAAGAACCAUCCAAGGAAUUAAUUAAAAUGACUUGUGAAAAAAAAGGCGAUGGCACUCAUCCACUAUGGAUAACCAAUAUUCCUUAUAUUCUAAAUAAUUAAAAUUAUUUUUUUGUUAUUUUUUACAUUAAUUGUAUAUAAUAAUAAUAUUAAUAUUAAUUUUUUUUUAAAAAAAUAAAAUAUAAGCAAAUAACAAAGAAUAUAGAAAUAUGUAUCAUAAAUAUGAGGUGAAAAAUAUUUAUGUUAAUCAUAAAAACGGUAUUGUGAAAAUGACCAUCAGUUUGCAUAUAUUUAUGAAAAAUCUAACUUCUGACCUUAUUUAUACAAAUGAAUGGAACAUUACAUAAAAUGUGCUAAAUAUGUCUGAUGGUCUUAGGCAUAAUUUUUUUUUUGUUGUUUUUUUUAAACACAUUGAACUUUAUAUAGAAUAUUGUGGAAAAAUUAAUUUAAAAAAAAAGUAAAUAAAGAAACAGAAUAAUUUCAAAAAUUUUUUUAAAUUAUAGUGAAAUGAUUGUAUCAAAUAAUAAAAAAAAUUAAGAGAGAUAAAUUAA